GAAAAGUGACAAUACCUGCGUCGACAUGGGGUGAGAUGUACUUAGGUGAGACCUGCAGCACGCAGGUAGCACGUUGCUCGUCUUGUCUAGCCCUCUUCCUUUCCUGCAGCUGUCCCUCAUCAUCCAAGUUCCAACAAGAGAUUCUUGUUCAAGUGUUGUAACUUGUGGACUGUGUGGUGGUGGUUCUGAUACCAUUCUUGUACACAUCUCCUGGCGGGGUCCCUUUUACUGGACGAACUACUAAUCAGUCGAAUCAACUUUUGUCACUCGUUGCUUUUCCUCCUUUUCAUUACGACUUUCCCCUCCUCUUCGUCUCGUUUUACUUAUUUUACCUUUUUCUUUUCCAUCUGACACCUGCGCGGAUAUCAGAUCAGAAAUCUCGACCAUCCCCCAAUCCAACCUUCUUUAGCCUUCAGUCCCGCAGCGGAAGCCUGUGCGCGCCUCGUCGUCGAUCACCAGACGACGGACCAACUUUGCUUUUGGCAUCUCCUUCCCGCUACUGAGUGCUAAGGUAGUAAUCGAGAAAGGGUCACAUCUCUUCCCAUUGUUUUGCUUAUUCUAUCCUACCGUCUUACACCUACCGGCGUCUAAAGCAAGACAAGACAUAUAUACAAAGCAAACAUGUCCGUGGACGAGAAGAAUCCUCAGGACUUUGAGAGCUCGGCCGCCUCGUCCGACUCUCGCGCGGAUACGGGCAACAUCGACGCCGCGUGGAAGUUCCUCAACGACCAUCGCGAUGCCGGCACCGACACGAGCUCCGUGGACAUGAACGCGCUCAGACGCAAGAUCGACUGGCGCCUUGUCCCCCUCAUGUUCCUCUGCUACACCAUGCAGUUCCUGGACAAGGUCAUUCUCAACUACGCCGCCGUCAUGGGCUUGAGCAAGGACCUGAAGCUCGUCGGGAACGAGUUCUCCAACAUUGCCACCUUCCUCUUUGUCGGUCUUCUCUGCUUUGAGGUUCCCAACAUCUACUUCCUCCAGAUGGUCCCCGCGGCCAAGUGGUUGGGCCUGAACGUCAUCCUCUGGGGCACGGCAACCGCCUGCGGUGCCGCCGCCCACAACUACCAGUCCCUCCUCGUCUCCCGUGUCUUCCUGGGUAUCUUCGAGGCCACCAUCGGCCCCUCCCUGAUGCUCAUCAGCGCCCAGUGGUACACCAAGUCCGAGCAGGCCCCGCGCUUCUCCUUCUGGUACCUCGGUCUCGGCCUCGGCCAGAUCCUCGGCGGCGCCAUCUCCUACGGCUUCCAGCACAUCGCUCCCGGCGCGGGCCUCGCUGGCUGGCGCAUCAUGUUCGUCGUCCUCGGCUGCCUGACCGUGACCAUUGGCAUCUGCACCGUCCUCUUCGUCCCGGACACGCCCAUGCAGGCCCGCUGGUUGAGCGACACGGAGAAGGUUGCCCUGCUGAAGCACGUCAGCGUCAACCAGACUGGUAUCGAGAGCCGCAAGUUCCGCCCCAAGCAGAUCCUCGAGGCUCUCAUGGACCCCCAGAUGUACCUCAUGGUCGUCGCCGUCGUUCUCCUGUCUGUUUCUAGCGGUGUUGUCACGACCUACUCUGCCACUCUCAUCCGCAACCUCGGCUACGACUCUAAGCACGCCGCUCUGAUGAACAUGCCCUCCGGUGUUGUGAGCAUCUUCUUCACUCUUCUCGUCGGGUACGGAAUUCGUCACACCUCCAACCGGUGGGCUUGGAUCGUCGCCUGUAUCAUCCCAGCCAUCAUUGGUGGCGCUCUGAUGUCUUUCCUUCCCGUUAGCAACCGCUCCGGUUGCUUGGCCGGCAUCUACCUUGUCAACGCCGUCGUUGCCCCCUUGACCGUCUUCUACGCCUGGACUGCCGCCAACUUUGGAGGUGCCACCAAGCGUGCCUUUGCUGCCGCCAUCGUCUCCGGCUCCUUCUCGCUCGGCAACAUCAUCGGACCCCAGACCUUCCAGGCCAAGGACGCGCCCGAGUACCGUCCGGCCAAGAUCGCCGUCAUGGGCACCCAGGCUGGCUGCGCCGUCGUCACCCUGGCGCUGUACGCCUACUACCGCUACGAGAACAAGCGCCGCGGUGCCAUCAAGCAGUCCGAGGACGCCUACAUGGCCCCCGAGAACUGGCAGUCGAUGACCGACAAGGAGAACAAGUCGUUCCGCUACACCUACUAAGGCAGCUGUGCUGAACGCGGGUAGUAUGCACAGAGCGCACAAAGUUCCGAGUUCUGGUUAAAGAAAAAAAAGUAUACUUAUAGAUGUAUAUAGCAUUUGGGCAAAAGGGGGGAGGCUUAUUGUACAUUACUAGAUCUUGGUACUGACCAAUGAGACCACGUAUUUACCGACGACUACACGUUGCGCCGUCCGUGGGACUCUUUUUUGGUUUCAGACGAGUUGGGUCUUACGCGCCGAUACAAACGACAUAGCUUUUCAGCUUACAUGCCCGUUACAGUUUCAGGCUACAUUUAUCUCGCCAACGGACGCUUUAGACUGGCUCUACGUCCGAUGCUUUGCCUGCCAGUCCACCUCGGGUGGACGGGCAGAGGCAACGUAUGAGAAUAGAACGAAAAAAAAAAAAAGAUGUUUGGCCAUCCACCCCUUAUUCCCGUUGCGCGUCAUGGCGUUACUUAGUCUGUUUGUGGUUGAUGUGUAAGGCUGACUGGACGGCAUACGGCGCCACGGUUCACCAAGUCCGGUCAUAGUACCAUCCGGCCGGCACUUGGAGGGUGUUGGCGCUGCGGCUGUCUUUGAUUUAAGCUUCAUCUGACCGCCCUGUGUCAAGUCUGUCGUGCGGGUCGCUCGGGAACCUUCCACCCACUUACCGGCGAGGCAAAAAGGGAAAAGAGGGAAAAACGGGUGGCAAAGGAGAAAACCCAAAAACCCAUCGGAGGUCGGUGCUCACGGCCAACUCUAACGAACCAAGCCAAACCCAAGGCCUCUACGGCAAAAGCCCUAAAGACUUGGGCCUAAAGACGCAUGGGUUACCAGAAGAGGUUAGCACUUCCGCUAUGCUUUUUGGCAAUGGGAUAAAAAGAUGGGUAGACACUGGGCUGAUAGUUCUUUCAGGUUCACUUGCUCUGUUCAGGUGUAGUGGUAUUCGCCUAGUCUGCUUGGUCAGAUUGCGACCCCAGCCUCUAGAGUCUACUAUGACAUUUAGCCUAUGACAGCUAGCUUAAUAAGGAGCUUACUCGCGUGGCAAGGCACCGGCACUGAAUCCCGUCGGAUUUAUGUCGAGGAGCUCGCGCGCGGAAGCCUCAAUCUCUGAGCUAUCUUAUGCCAAGGUCUUGACAAGCUCCUUGAAUUCCGCCUCGGUCAUCCGCUGGACCCCGAGCAGUUCGUUGGUGGCAUCUGUGUCGAAAGUGAGCUGGAGCUCUGGGUCAUAGACGAAUCGCAAGACGAUAUCUUCGAUGACGGACGCGUCAAAAACCCCAGAGAGGAGCUUCUGCACGCCCCGCUCGUAGCGCUCCUCCGUGCUGACUUUGAUGACUUCAAUGUCUAUAUCGGGCAGAGCUUCCUUGACUAGCUCGGUGAUCCGGUUCUGCGUCAGGUUGAUCACCUCGAUCGUCAAGAUCUGGUUCCUGGUCGCAUCGGGUCGUUUGAGCACACCCACAACCGCGUCGCCAAACGCCUUGCGCGUGCUCAGUCCAAACCGGACGUUGCCGUCCUCGUGGAUGUAGAAUUUGCGUUUGGGGAGGCACAUGCCGGUGUCGCAAGUCAUGAUCCAUUCGAUCCAGGGCCCGCCGAGGAUGCUGGUAUACUCAAUUUGCCCUGCCUCAGCCGCUUUCUGGAGCGCCUCAUCGACUCGAAUCUUAGAAGCUGAGAGGGGUACAGAUCGUGCACUCGGAUUCCGAUGGUCGGAGCCGAACUCCGAGGGAAUGAAGCGCUUUACCUCGGCGGCGAUGGCAGCCUCAAAGAUGCGCAAGAGGAGGGCUUCGAGGUGGCCUGGAACGACGCAGACGACGGCGUCAAACCCACGGAAAGCAACGGUCAAGUCGUCCAAUGAUUCAUAGUCGGCUGCGACAGUCUUUACUCCCGGGGGGAAGGUCUUGGCGUUGGAACCCCGGGUGAUGACGACAAGGUUAAAGAUGCCGGCGGCAGCGAGUUGGUCGACUAUGACAUGCCCGAGGUCGCCGGUGCCCUAACGUCGGGUAGUAAGUAUGGGAUGGGUGGUACGGUGGUCAGUGCAGUGCAGUCUGAUCGGGCUGCCUAUGUUAGGCUUUAUUAGGGGUACGGGUACGGAGUAACCGUAAACGUUUAGUAGUGUAAGGAUAGUGUAUCCGUAGUGUAGGGGCAAAGGGGAAACGAGGGAUCCACGAUGCGUGGCUCAUGCAAUCUGUAAAGAGUAGGUUGAGUGUGGCUUACUCCAAUAACGGCAAUGUUCUUCAGGGUAGCCGCAGUCAUGGUUUAUUUUUGUCGACUUGAUAGGUUGUCUCAGAUUGUAAGCUUUUCUACAGAACAAGGG